CCUCAGGACGCGACGACCGCGUUUGUCCGAGACCUUCGGGAGUCGGGUCCCUGAGCCCCAGCUGCGGUAGCGAAGGCUGAGCGGAAGGUAGAAAGGGCCCAGCCUGGGAUUAGAGGGGACACUGGCUCAACCACAAACCCGGAGUUGUACAUACCCUGCCUUUGCAACCUCCGGCUCACUCCCUGCUAAAUGUGCCUCUCGCGGGCCUUUUCCAGUCCCUCGUCGGCCCUCCGCUGCCCUCGGCUGGAGGCCCAGUUCCCCCACGUCACGCAGAGGAGAGGCCGAUGCUGAGUGGGCAGCUGGUCGGGCGCCUGUUCUCCAUGGCCGGUCGCGUGUGUCUGUCCCGGAGCAGCGCGGGAUUGGGGACCAUCGGUCCCGUGGAGGCCGCCAUUCGCACGAAGUUGGAGCAGGCCCUCAACCCCGAGGUGCUGGAGCUGCGCAACGAGAGCGGCGGCCAUGCAGUCCCACCGGGCAGCGAGACGCAUUUCCGCGUGGCGGUGGUGAGCUCUCGCUUUGAGGGACUGAGCCCCUUACAACGGCACCGGCUGGUCCACGCUGCCCUGUCUGAGGAGCUGGCUGGGCCGGUCCACGCGCUGGCCAUACAGGCGCGGACCCCCGCCCAGUGGAAGGAAAACCCUCAAGUGGACAUGAGCCCCCCUUGCCUGGGUGGGAGCAAGAAAACUCGGGGAACCCCCUGAGCCCCAAGAGAGGGAAGACCAGGAUUCUCAUGGUUUGGAAUAAACUACGGGCUUUCCUCCCUUCAAUACAGUCUGGUAUUUGUAAGGGAUAAGGACCCUUGGGUCCCAUUCAGCCAGCACAUACAUAUUCUCUGGAGAUGGCAACUCAUUUCAGAUCCAAGCUUACCCGAGGAAAGAGUAGAAUCACUCACCACUGCCCUUGCCCUUUACUAUUUAGGAAAAGCUGCCCAGGCAUUUCGUGUUAAAUUGUGACUAAGGAACCACCAGACCUGAUGAGUUGGAAAUAAUCCUGUACAUUAAAAGAUAAAUUAUCAUAGGAGAUACACUGCUUUGUGUUAUUAAUGGCCUGUUGAAUCAGUGCUACAGAUGUUCUUGGGAGAAGAAAGAUACCUGUAGCCUAGGGUAGUCAUGAAGGGCUUCACUGGGGAGAGUGACCUAAUUGGAUCUUGACAGGAAAGCAAGACUUAAACCAGAAAGGAGAGGAAAGAUGUUACCGGUAGGGGGAAGAGCUCAGCAAAGGCAUAGAAGCUGGACUAGACAAUGACUGAUUGGACAAGGCAGGAGUUACAAAUACAUUUGGAUUUCAUACUGGGGGAAUAUUUGGCUUUCUAUUAGCCUGUCCAUUUCCAAAAGGAUUUGCCUUUGUUUCUCAGAAAAAUCCUUAACAAAACAAAUAGAAACCAAAACACAGUAAGGCAGUGAAAAGAUGGUAACAUGGAAAAUGAGUAUAGAAGAAGGAGAAAACUUUAUAUAGCCCAUUUUCUUACGAGCCUUCUAAAGUCCUAUUUCUGAAGGGAGCUCAAGUGAUGUCUAGAUACGCAACGUUGAUGACCUUAAUGUGGCAAUAGACUCUAGAUACUAAAGAAAUAGAUAAACAUAUAUCUUGAUCAUUUUGAGCUACAGUUUAGACUACAUCUGGUUGGACAGUAGGAAGUCCCUGAGUUUUGAGGAAGGGCAUACCUAAGAGCAUUUGGGGGCAGAGUGAUCUGGCAGUGAUGUGUUAGUGAGUUGACAUAGGAGAUUGGAGGCACAGAGAUCAAGAGGGAAGGUGGGACCCUGACUUCAAGGCCAGCUGUAGGAAUGGAAAGGAAGGAGUUUUGAGAGCUAUGAUGAAAAGUCAGAAAAUGGCUUGAUUAGAACAGAAAUGUGAAUGAGGGGGAGUCCCACGUAAUCCCCAGGCAGCAGUUUCCAGAUUUCCUCACAGAUAAGAAUUCCCAUGGGAGCUUAUUUCAAAUGUGGAUUCUGGGUGCCCCCUCUUCCAAAGAAAAAUUCUGAUUCCACAAGAAUGGAAUCUGGAAUCCAUAUCUUUAAAAGACACACAAGAGGAUUUGGAGGAAAGCUGGCUCUGUUCUCAAGAAACACUCCCAAGGGGCGCUUGGGUGGCUCAGUCGUUAAGCGUCUGCCUUCGGCUCAGGU